AUGACAUCAGCAGCAGCAGCAUUACUUAAAGAACGAGAUGAAUUUCGAUUACAUGAACGUUUUCUUAGUGGACAAAUUGAUCCAUUAACAUUAGAUGAAAUUAUAAAAGAAUUUAGUCUUACAAUUAAUUCAUCUGUUGGACAUUGGCUAGCUUCUCAAGCACUUUUAUCAAACGAAAAGAUUGAUAUUAAAACAACAGAUGAUGUUCAUAGAUUUGUAUAUAAGCCAUCGCUUGAUUUAAAAGGUCCAAAAAAAUAUUCCCCUCUCAAACUUUUAAAAGCACGAUAUGACAACGGUGAAGAUGCUGUAACUGUUGAGGAUAUACAAGAUUCAAUACAACAAACAAAAGGUGACAAAACAAUUCGUAGUUUAAUAGAAAGUGGUGGUAUUGUGAAAGUAGCAAGUAGUAAAGGAGAAGUUUUAGUUUAUAUUGAUCGUGAUUUCUAUCUUGGUAUUAAUCCAGAAUUUAUUAAUUCAUGGAGAAAAAUAUCAGUAGAACAUUUGACCAAUGAGCAGAUUCACGACUUUAUUCGUGAAAAAGAAUAUUAUAGUUUAACAACAAAUGCACCAAAACAAGCACAAUCACCAAAAAAACCAUUAAAAUGA